AUGGCAUCUCCAAAAUAUUUGGGUUCUCGAUUAAAUCCAGCCUUCUCCUUCACAGCUUCACACCAGGAUCUCCCUGAGCCUCCAUGCAUGGACACCCCUGACACACUCCUGGGCCCCACAGCUUACUUAGAUCCAGACUCCCUAAGUUGCCAAUUAAUUGUCAAGUAUCGUGCCUCAUCUGGAAAGUGCUCAGUGAACAAAAUGCCUCUCCUUCAUUUUGAUGAUGAAAAACAGGAGGGAAAUGCCGCUGAAGUGUGCACUGAUUUGCUCCAAAGCCUGAGAGAUAUUUUAGAAGUGAUGUGGAACCUGCAAUCAGGUAAUCACGCCUUACAUGUCACCAUAAUAUCUAAAUAUAAUCAAGGAGAAUUCCUUCAUGGACACUGGGCGAUCAGCACUGAUGAACAGUGUGGCAUCUGCUUUGAUCCAUUUGAUAAGACCUGGAGAGAGAGUCAUUCUGGUGCCAGCUGUGCCAUGGGGCAACUGAAGGAAAACAAGGAACUAGAACAAGGUCUCAGGAAUGUCCUCGUGGGAGAUUUCAGUCUCUGCCUCAAGAAAUUGUCGCCAUACUCCAGAGAAAUGCCAACCUUGCCAACCACUGCUGCACAUGUGGACCAGCCUCCAUCCAUGGCAUGCAAGUCCAACCUCUUUGUUGAGUUGAUAAUGAUAUUGCUCAUCUACUUCCUCUGGCAUGUUUUCUAA